AUGCGAGUAUCAAUCAUUGCAUAUGCCUUGCGUGCUUUGGGCCUCGAAUUCAUCAACAGUCUACAUCGACAAUGGUCGGGCAGAGGAAGAGUCGAGAGGCCGAAAAUUAUCUUGCACAAGUCCUUACGGGUUGCUCUUAGCCGGUCUCUGGUCCACCUGCUUCCUCUGACGAUAUUCACCGCUUUGGUGUACAUCAACUACAGGACCCUGUACAUUGGGUAUUCGUUUUCCUGGCAAGGACAGCAGAACGAUGCGUUGUAUUCCACCAUGAUCCAGAUCGCCGCAAAAGCACAGGAGCUGCUCUGCGUAGCAAGCCUGGCUGCUAUCGUAUUGCAAGCUUUACGCUCCGAGCUGCUGCAUGACGGGCUUCCCAUAGGCCUUCUUGGCUCUGGAAUCUGGUUCAGUCAAGUCAGUUCUUUCUGGUCGCCUGAAUUCCUGGCUGCAGGCUCGUGGAGUAUUACAUCGGCUCGCAGAAUUCGGCUCUACCUUCUUCUUGUCCUAGCCGGCCUUAUUGCCGUUGUGAUCGGUCCAGCCUCCGCAGUGCUGAUGUUACCGCGGAACCAAGAGAUCCCGGCUGGUGGGACGAGCUUCUAUCAGAAUGGUGUUCCUGAUGAGAUCUGGCCGACCGCCGUUAUUUCGACCGCCGAGCCUGCAGUCUGCGCCCUCACCAACUCGACAGAAUACCCUAUCUGUCCCAGUGGUGGCUACAAGUCCAUCGUACACACACUGCAGGCUCUCGAUCCGAAUCAAACGACCUUUUGUGCACCAGAGGAACCGAGUCUCGGCCAACAAUUUGCCCCACAAUGUCAAGCGAAGGGUAUCACGGGAUGGCGAUAUUGGAACAACUUUCUGGUGCAGAGUUCGCAACAUCUGCUGCCUCCGGUUCUGUCAACCUUCACGAGUUUUAAUCGGCCCGGAAAUACCGUAGUUAUUCAGCCACAUGUGGCGACCGUCGCCUCCAUGCAGCGCAUAGUCCGAACCUGGUCGGGAAACGCAGGCGCUUCUACUCGCUCUCCCUGGAACCAAUACAAGUGGUCAUAUGGCCUUGUAGCUUCAGGCUCUUCGACCAAUCCGUGGGUGAGGGUACAGUGCAGUGAGGGUCAGAAUAUUUCCGCGGACGCGAGCGAAAUUGGAUUUCCCUACUUGCAACCAUUCUCCGAAUUUCUUCUUGGACGUCCCGGUACAUCUUUCGGUCCUGGCCACAGAUACAGCAGCAUUUCCCAAUUGGAUUGCAGUAAGACGGAUCGUAUACGCGCGCAGUGGAUACCACUUGCGUUGGACGAAUUUGGUGAUAGCGAGACCGGGACCCACUCAACAGGACUCUUGAUCGAGCUGCCGUGGGUUGGUAUGGAGUUUACCUGGCAUCCGCCUGGAUUGGUCGAGUCUGUGGAAUCCGCCGAGACCAACAGACCCAUCAGGCUUGAUCAGAGCUGGCUUAGACUCUUGACACCACAGCUCUCCUCGAGCGGAAGCAACUUCACGUCGGGUAUGAAUACCAUGGAAGACCUCCUCACCCGCAUGAGGAUCUCCGACGUUGUGGGCGACCUCCGGACCCGGCCAAGCAUGUACCAUGAUGGUGGGAGAUGCGUAUAUGGAAUGAGGCCCUCUUCAAAGACCGACACACAGCUCUGGAAUGCCAACGAUUGUCAGGUCGCAACCGUGGGCAAACACCUGCAGAUGAUCGUUGGAACUCUGGUCGCUGAUGGCCUUUCCCGUUUCGGCAGUCAUCGCGUCUUUGAGAACGUGGAUCUUCCCCUCCGAAAUUGGUCCCUCCGCGUACCACGGACCUUCAAUUCCUCCCGCUUACUUCACGAUCUUCCGCAGUCAACCGCAGAUCUUGCAUCGCAGUGGCUUUCAAUCUCCGUAACUGGCUGGGUCUACUACGCCUCGGAGACCUCAGACUACCUUGCCUUGGCAGUCGUCUGCAUUUACAUGCUCCUCGCCACCACACAUGUCUUAUGGCUGCUCUGCCCAACGCAUUGGAUUUCUUCCGACGCAUGGGACAAUCUCACGGAACUUCUGGUCCUUUGCAAGAACUCGCCGCCAUCUGUGCCAUCUCGAUUGGAAAAUGCUUCUGCAGGCAUAUACCGGCUCAAUACCUUUGCAACCAUUGUCAAGGUGCGUGUAGUGGACGAAUCAGAGAACACAGAGGGGCCAGGUCUGGUGGAAAAGGUGGGCAAUAUGGACAGCAAGAGAGUCGUACUGGUGGAGCAGAGUCCUAUCAAGUCACAAGAUGAACUGGAGCUCGCCUUGAUUGGUGCAACGACCUGCGCCACGGCCGUAGCGCCGAGUGCUCAAUCGAAUCUCAGAAAGAGAACCGGCGUCCUUGAAGUCGUCAAGAUCGAUGCUCGGUACGGGUAA